AUAAUAAAAUGUAUUAGAAAUGGGAAUAUUUAGUAACUUGUGCACUCGGUGGAAACCGAAGAGGAAGGAACCCACUCCGGUUCCUACCGUCACCUCAACGGUGUCCAGAAGCUCGACCAUCAAGAGCCGGACUCACGAGCUCGUGACGCAGCAGUCGCUGCUUCAAUCGCUGGAAACUGGUGAAUUGCGCAGCAUGAAUUCCCAAGUCACGAAUGCUGCGCCUGCAGCUAAUUGGGAGUGCGUCGCCUACCCAAACGGUUCUGAAUACCUAGGUUGGAUUUUUGAAGGUAAGCGUGAAGGGCCUGGUAAGAUGCAGAAUGGCGAAACUGCAUAUGAAGGACAGUGGCAAUGUGAUCUUCCACACGGUAAUGGGCUAUUUGCCCGUGAAGGUAUCAUAUAUGAAGGCAACUGGAGCCAUGGACUGCCUCAUGGCCAUGGAGUUGCCAUGUUACCGGAUGGAUCUAAAUACGUAGGUGAAUGGCGUGAUGGCUCAUGUUCCGGUGAGGGUAAGCUAGCUAGUGAAGACGGACGUAUAUACGCUGGCAACUUCCAAAAUGGCCUGCCUAAUGGUGAAGGUACUGUAGUGAAUUCAGAUGGUAUGCGAUUAAUUUGCAAUUUCGUUGACGGUGUACCCUGCGGUAUAGGCGAGAUUGAAUGGCCUAAUGGGAUGCUUUAUGUAGGUACCAUAAUAGAGGGUCUACCUCACGGUUUGGGUCGGCUUACUGACGACCGGCAUGUGACGUUAGGACUUUGGAGGGAAGGUGUCCUGGAAACACCCCUGAGUGCCCAUAGUCCACUUCCAGAUGCGUUCAGAGAUGACCCAGCCGCAAAGUAUUUAGCAGCACACUAGCCAUUUGUAUAUAAUGUAACAUAGUCGUCAUGGUGUUACCAUGACACAGUGCCAUACACAAAGCUACUGGUAAAUUACCAUAGGC